UUAAUCCGUUCUGUAAGAAAAAGGAAGAAAUCCGAUUGUGAACUCACUGGUAUUAUCUAAGCAGUAUAAAUAGAAGUGCACUCAGAGAAGGCAUAGAAUGACAAGCCCGUGAUGAAUUGUUAGGGCAUGUUGAGUUGGUUCUGUCAAUGCCUGCAGUCAGAUGAUUUCACUGGCUGUACAAGAUGAAAUCUCAUAUUUCAACGUUUAAGUAAAAGUGUCAAAGUUCAGCUGGAGCAGGGACGAAUGCAGAACAAAUUUUGUGUGUAUUUGUAACUAGGGCACCAGAGCAAUAGAGGAAGCCAAAAUGAGCCGGAAAAACAAAAGGAGUUUAAAGGAGAAAUUUUCCUUGAAGAACAGCCUGGUUAAAGAAGCCCUCUCAGAGUUCCUGGGAACUUUUAUACUGAUAGCUCUUGGCUGUGGCUGUGUGGGGCAGGCCGUGCUCAGCCGCGGAGCGCAUGGAGGGCCCAUGACGGUGUCGGUGGGCUUUGCCAUGGCAGUCACCAUAGCAGUGUACGUGUCUGGGGGCGUUUCUGGUGGUCACAUAAACCCAGCUGUUUCAUUAGCCAUGUGCGUGACUGGAAGAUUAAAAUGGACCAAAUUACCAAUUUACAUAUUAGCACAAUUCCUGGGAGCAUUCAUUGGAGCAGCGGCUGUCUUUGGGAUUUAUUACAAUGCCUUUAUGGAGUAUAGUGAUGGAAAACUUGAAGUCACAGGACCAAAUGCAACAGCACAAAUCUUUGCAACAUAUCCAGCUCCUUAUUUGUCCCUUGUAAAUGGAUUUGCAGAUCAGGUGAUGUCAACAGCUGUUCUUCUUCUGGCUAUAUUUGCUAUUUUUGACACCAAAAAUAACAGCGUACCCAAGGGCCUGGAGCCAAUUGCAGUAGGACUUCUUAUAAUUGUUCUUACUUGCUCUUUGGGAAUGAACAGUGGCUGUGCUAUGAACCCAGCCAGGGAUCUUGGCCCAAGGCUCUUCACGGCUGUUGCAGGAUGGGGGAUGGAAGUAUUCACGGCUGGUAAUAAUUGGUGGUGGGUUCCUAUAGUUGCACCUCUGCUGGGAGGUGUACUUGGAGCAAUGACCUAUGUAAUUUUUAUUGAAAUUCAUCACUCAGAUCCUCAGUCAGGAGAAGACAAAGAUGUGCAUACUAAAUAUGAAUUGACCAAUAUGGCAUAAGAAGCAAAGAAAUUUGUCUGUCCUUGUGUUGUGGAGUUUUUAUGCAAAUGGUUGUUUGGACCCCUGUAUGAAACCCAUAUAUCUCUAUUAGAAAUUCACCUUUCAAAGCAGAAAUUCUGUACAGAAGUUCAAAACUGAAGUCUUUCCAUGAAACAAUGGGCUGAUCACAUGCAAAAUUGAUAUCUUGAGUAUGGGAAGGCUAAAUUGUCCUUUUCAUAUGUCUUUUAGGUCAAGUUAUCCUAGAUGCAACUGUAGUGAGAUGAAGCACUGACCUGUUAAUUCAACUCAUAUGAUCUUAAUGACACUAACUGAAAAUAGUUGAGAUAUUGAUCCAAAAUUGCAUGCACAGCUAGUUAACAGGUUCAGUGCUGAAUUAAUAUGCAAGAGCAUCACUCACUUGUUAAGAAUGGCUUGCCUAAACAUUUAAAACAAUAACCAAAUUGGCUAAAUGCCAAUUGAAAUGGUUUUAAAUAACUUCACUAAAGUUUAUGGAGCCACUAUUGAUCAGCAAGAAAUCAACUCCUCAGCCAUUAUGUUUGGUAAUUCACAAUAUGAUCACAAAAGUAAAAACUGCUUGUUGUAAGAUCAGCACCAAAGAGACAAAGGGUAACUUCUGCACAGGGUCUUCAUAGCAUUAAUGCUUAGUUAUUUUUAGAUUAUUUACUUGACCUUUAUGCUGCCAAAUAUUAAAAGCCUUAUGUAGAAUACUAAUCUGAAUCUCUUCCGCUGUGCUUUAUGAAUACAAUUCAUUCCUGUGGAGAUGGCCCAGCAAGAGACUGAUGCUGUGCAGAGGUCAGCACAAAGCCUCUGUCUGUAUAAGCUUUAAAAAGUUCUGGUGCUGCUGAUUUAUAUUGGUGGGUUUCAUCUGCAUUGUGGGAGCAAUUUUUAAUGUGGUAGCAGUAAUUAAAAUUAGAAACUGGUCUCAGAGCUAGUCCCAGAUCUGAAUUCCCCAAGGAAGGUCAGAUCCACAUCAGAGUUCUGGGUGAGUUACCUCUCACUAAAGAAAAAUGGUUGGACCUAUAUUCCUUCCUAAAUAUCCAGCCUUGAAAACAAAAUUAUUUCUGCUUAAUCAUUGUGAAUUGAAUGUAUUCAGUUAAAGCAAAAUUUCUUUCUAUUAUGUAUACAUCUAUCCAUGGUUGGUGGUGGUGAUCAUGAAUAAACAGACAUCCAAUUCAGCAAUGCUCCUGAGCUACUUUCAUGGCUAAACUUCAGAGCAUCAUUCAAUUCACUCAUUUCAGGGUGCUCUUCCCUUUGGAUUCCCAGAACUCUGUUCUCUCAAAUUCCACACUGCAUUCCUGAUUUCACUCCUGAAGUGAGGAGUCCUCUGUGCUGUCACUAAUAGCCUGUGCACUUCCGUGCAGUAUCUGCAGAAGAUGUUUACAAAAUACCGUGGUCAGAACCUGCCUCAGCAUUUGGGGAAAUCAGGCCUUUGUCACUGCUUGUUUUGAUCACACUCCCUGGGAUGCCAUGCCAAAUUCACAGCAGCAAAGGGAAAGAAAUAGCAGGUCAAGCAAAGCUCUGCUUGCUGCAGCUCCAAGUCAGAUAUUGCAGCAUACUUGGGGGAGUAUAAUUCCAAUUUUAAUUAUGUUUUUAAGAAAACUUACAUAACCCUAAUGAACUCAGGCUGCCCAGAGACAUAUCAGCCCUUUGGAAAAUGCUCAUUUAAUUCAGUGGCUCUCUGCUGUGGGCUAAAUUCUGCUAUAUCCAUGCACAUUUUAUUGCAUCCCUGUAUCACUGGCUAGAGUCUCAGGAACAAGAAGGGAGAGCAUAUAGAAACAGCUCUCAGUCUGAGCAGAGAAAAAUCAAAAGUAAAAUGUGAAAAUUUUUCCUAAUUUUAAACCUUUUGUUGGCAGCAGAGACAAGCUAGAUCCUCUGUCCUGUCUAUUGAGGAACUGCACCACAUAAAGCAAGACGGGGUGCCAAUGCAGUUGCAGACUAUCCUUUGUUUUACCCCACCAUUGCAGUGAGUGCUGUCUCUCACCCCUUGGCCAUCCCUGGGCAUGAGCACUCCCAGGUGGCUGCCAACCUUCUCUGUCUGCAGGAUUACAGAGGUAGAACCAGCCUGAGGGCCGCCCUCAGCUCUGAAAAGCACUUGCUCUUCCACUGACAGCAACAUCUAAUAAGAAAUAUCUGUGCAGAAAACAAACAGCUAAUUAACCAGAAGUAACCAAUUUUAUCCAGAAUGGUAGGGGCAGGUUAUCACUUGUCUUAGAAUUUUGCAUAGUCAGUAGGCUCCAUAUGCAUCACUAUAUUGCUUCUUCAAUCCACCAUGGAAAACAUGGGAAAAAGGAGAAUACAGGUCAGGAAUGAGAAAAGGGCAGUUUAUUUAUACAGCCUACUCAGGAACUAGCCCACACUUGCUGUAUGCCUGUGCAUUGGCCAAGGUACAUAAAGUUGUUCAUUUUCUCAAAAUCCUUUUGAUCACAACAUGUUCUGUCUAUCAAACAUAAAAGCUUGUUUUUCCUAUUCAUGCCAUUCCUAUGCACAGAAUUUCUGUAUGAGUGGCAUUUACUUGCCUGAAGUUGUUAACAUGCAAAUCUUAAGCAGUGACACACUAGUGUGAUAGCAUAACAAUGUCUUAAAUAUGCUCUCAAAUUGUUGCCAAUUCUGUGUUUGCUUAAAUAAUUUAAAUUUUAAUUAAUCAUUCAAAAUUAAUAUUUUGCAAAUUCUUUGGGAACACAUGGUAUUAAUAUCACAAUUAAUCCUGGAUUCACAAAAGCCAGAACUUCAUUCAGUAACAAGAUGUUAUAGACCUGUCUCUGAUGACAAUUUAAAUUUCAAGGAAUCUAUUUCUGCUUUCAGGACAAACUUCAGCUGAUUAUUUACUACAAAACCAUGACCAGUAUCUCCAUAAUGUAAUGGGAACAAUAACAAUCACCUCAUUCCAUAAACUUACACAGACAUUAGCUGUUUUAUAAGAAACAAAACAGUAUUUUGACUUUGUAUGAACUAUGCAAUUUCCUAAUAUAAACUGAUAUUCAGUGGUCACACUUUUACAUUAAACUAGUAAUAAUAACAGUUGGCAACAAAUUUUCUAGCUGAAAGAGGUUUUGAUUAAUGAGUUAAUAGUAAUCAGUCUGGAUUUUAAUGUUGAAAGAAAUUAAUUUCAGGUUAUUGUUCAACUUUCAUUUUGGGUUUGUUCUUUUUGGGAGCAAUGUGUUUGUUCUUUAGAGCUAAACUUAGUAUCGAGUUAAAAGUUGGCUACUGCAUGUUUUAUUGAAGUCAGUGAAAUUAUUCACAAUGGGUGGCAAUACAGGCAAGGAUAAGCGAUCAGAGAACUGAGCUCAGAGUAUGGCAGAUGUUUUACUUUCUUGGAGUUUUGUCUGUGGAUCUGGAUGUUAAAAUAUUGUGGUUCAAAAUAAAUACAGUCAAUUCCUAAUAAA